AUGAAAGUGGAAGAGGUGGAUUUAGUGGAAGGGAUGAAAGUGGGUGGUGAACAUGGAGGAGCAGAUAAUUGGGCUGGAAGUAGUGGGCAGCACAUUGCUACCUUUGGUGGUGCCUUGGAAAGAUUGAGUAGGAGAACAGUUGAAUUGGAAGAGAUGCCUAUCCACCAUGAAAUACAACUCAAAAGCCCAAAUUGGCUUUUUGGGCAGAGGAAGCAUGAGCAUAGUAACUCUGUGCCCAAAGUAGCUUCACAUGAUGUUGCAAAUGGAGGGUCUCAAGAGGAGAAGGGAAUAGAUGGCUUAUGUGACCUAAAUUGGCUUUCGUCUAUUGGUGACACCAAUGAAGAGGAUGUCUUCCAAAGAUACCUUUCAAUGACAUCAGUAGACGAAGGCAAUGGUUGGUAUGGUGGUACAUUGCUCGGUGAUCAAGAUGAAAACAGCGAGAUCUAUAGGCAUUAUGCUGAACUAUGCCAGGAAAUUCAGGUUUUUUCUAAUCAGGGUUUCUUGGAAGCUGAUCAGAUAGAUGUUAGCAUUUCUGAAUUUGUAUAUUGUCCAGGCUUUUAUGGAAAGCACAUGCACACCCAAAAAAGGGAAAAGAAACUCAAAAUAGCCACAAACACUGUUUUGGGGAGAUCUGUCAUGGGCCCUGCAAUGGAACCCUUCCAGCACGAUCCUGAGAAAGAGAAGCAUUACGCUGACAUUCUUUGCAUGGGCACAAUUGACUGCAUGGAUGAUGCAGCUGUUGAAGCGGAGAUGGAAGCAUCUCUCAAGGAGUAUGACCAAAUUGGUGCUGAUCUUGGGAUUGUCCCCAAGUCAUGUAAAGCUUUGGCUGGAGAUCCAAGCCAGCUGACGAGAUGGAUUAUUGGAGAAGAAAGGAUGCACAAAGUUUAA